AUGGUGGUUGAUGGUUGCAGGUUCGUGGGGGAGCGGGUGGAGGUCCUCUUGGGCUGCAUCGCCGAGCUGAGUCCCGGGGACAGUGCGGUGCUUCGAGCCGGAGUGAACGACUUCAGCGUUAUGUAUUCCACACGCAAACGCUGCGCUCAGCUGUGGCUCGGACCAGCCGCGUUCAUCAACCACGACUGCAAGCCCAACUGCAAGAUGAAGGUUCUGUUCUUUAAACCGUGGGCGCUGCAGAUGAAGGUUCUGUUCUUUAAACCGUGGGCGCUGCAGAUGAAGGUUCUGUUCUUUAAACCGUGGGCGCUGCAGAUGAAGGUUCUGUUCUUUAAACCAUGGGGGCCGCAGAUGAAGGUUCUGUUCUUUAACCCGUGGGCGCUGCAGAUGAAGGUUCUGUUCUUUAAACCGUGGGGGCCGCAGAUGAAGGUUCUGUUCUUUAAACCGUGGGGGCCGCAGAUGAAGGUUCUGUUCUUUAAACCCUGGGGGCCGCAGAUGAAGGUUCUGUUCUUUAACCCGUGGGCGCUGCAGAUGAAGGUUCUGUUCUUUAACCCGUGGGCGCUGCAGAUGAAGGUUCUGUUCUUUAACCCGUGGGCGCUGCAGAUGAAGGUUCUGUUCUUUAAACCGUGGGGGCCGCAGAUGAAGGUUCUGUUCUUAAACCGUGGGCGCCGCAGAUGA